AUAUCCAUCUCAUCACAGUAGCCAGUAGCCAACAAACAAUGGCAGUGUCCCUUACAUCGUCUCUCGCCGGCGCCGGGGACGUCCGACAUCUAUGUCGUGUCGAAGCGCCGACUCCGAGGUUGACUCAAACUCAAACUCAAACGAAGCUUCCUCCUUUCCGUUUGUCGCAUUGCAAGUGCUUAUGGAAAACGCCUCAAAUCGAGACCUUGACUUUCAACUCCACCAGAAGAGUUUCCACCUCGGUUUCUGCUAAAGGAAAAGAAGCCGAAGAAAAUAGUUUCCUUCAGAAUGUUAGUGAAGAUACCGAUGAAAUGUUCGACAAAUUGUUUGACAGAUAUGGAAAAGUGGUGUUUAGAAGCAAUGAUAAAAAGCCUCCAAGUGCCGAGGUUGAUGAUGACGCUAAAAGUUUAUCAUUUGCCGUGGCUUUGGCCAAGGUUGCAAGUGAGGUGAAAGCAGGAGACAUAAAGGUCCUUUUUGUGAAGCCUCUUGUGUAUUGGACUCAAUUUUUCAUUAUCGCCACGGCUUUUUCUCGCCCUCAAAUUGAUGCAAUUGGGUCCAAGAUGAGAGAUAUGGCUGAGAAACAGUAUGGGAAAGUGCCUUCUGGUGACAGAGAACCCAACUCUUGGACCCUGUUGGAUUUUGGUGACGUAGUUGUCCAUAUAUUUCUUCCUGAACGGCGAGCAUUUUACAACUUAGAAGAGUUCUAUGGCAAUGCUACUCUCAUUGAGUUGCCUUUUGAAAACCAGCCACCGCCCUUUCAAGGCUGAGAAAGACUUCGAGUUUGCCUGAAGAAGAAAUAGAUGCUGAUGGUCUGGAUACAGCCAUUUGAUGACAUGUGAGGCAUUUAAGCUUUGCAAGCUUCGGUUCUGUAAUGGCCCUUUAAAUUACUCCUGCGGCUCUUUUAGUGCUUGCUUUGGAGAAUCAAUCAGUGGACUAACCAGUAUGUUUUUCUGAGACUUUCUCUGCGCAACUGAGGUGCUUUUUUGGGUAUUUUAAUCAGCCGCACGUGGAGCAGUAGUCUGGUGUAAGCAUAUUUUAUCAUUAUGGUUGCCCAAUUGAAUCAGGGGACUAUAGGCUUAUAGAUGUAAUAACGAUGGACCAUUAUUUUUGUUGUUGCGACGUUAGUUAUUUACUGUUCAAUUAAGCUGCAUUUCAUCUUA